AUGUCUGAUAAGCCCGAGCUUAAGGAGCUCCAUGAGCAACUCUUCGAGGAAGGUCUCAAGGUUCGCAGAGCUGUUGUUGGAGACACUUACGUGGAUCGAUCACUUGCGAAUGGAUCGAGCGAAUUCGCACGUCCUGCUCAGGAGCUGGUCACAGAAUGGUGCUGGGGUCACAUUUGGACACGUCCCGGUCUUGAGCGAAAGCAGCGAAGCCUUCUUAACCUGGGUAUGCUUAUCGGGCUGAAGGCGUGGCCAGAACUGGCCGUCCACACUCGUGGUGCGAUCAACAAUGGCCUUACCGAGAAAGAGAUUAGCGAGGCUGUUCUACAAGCUACAAUUUACUGUGGCGCCCCCGCUGGACUGGAAGCUUUCAGGAUUACGGAGAAUACCAUCAAAGAAAUGAUUGAAAACGGAGAGUACAAGAGAUCAUAA